CACGUGUAAUCUGGCGUCUCGCAGUGACGUAGCCUUGUACGUCUCCGAGUGACACGUUGGUAAACAGAUCGGUGAACUGGAGUGACGGGAAUCUAGGAUAUUGGUGAUGGCAUGGGAUGGAGAUCAUCUCUUCGAUUAUUCCUGCUCAGGUUGCUUCUUGGACACCAUACCAGGGGAAUUGGAAUUACAUCAAGCUUUUGGUGACAUUGAGGAGAAUUUGAAGCAGAAUGCCAUGUGCAUUGAGCAGACUGUGAAGGAGCUGCAAUCAGAUCUAAGUAAGCUAUGUAUGGGAGGGAAACUACAGAACACUGGUGACAGCUUACAGUGGAUAAGCAAUUACAAUAUUUCCUGUGUCAAACCAUUCACGACUCCAUGUGACCAGCUGAUAAACUUUCUCAAAGCACUGCUUCACUUUCUGAAGACAGAAGAAGGCUCAGAAGAAAUAAUUUUGCAGCUACUCCUGGAUAUCUCUACUGAGUGUGGUGUUGUGUUUCCAUUGAAUUCAUGUGGAGCUUCAUUUCAUGUUCCUUCCAGUACUUCAGUUCAUGCUGUUGAGUUCAAUGAUUCUCUAGAUGCCUUGUCUGUGUGGGAUGAUGUGAGGUUACAUCUGCGUAGGUUCUUAGUGGAUAGACUUCAAAAUUGUCAAGAAAUAAAUUACAUGCUUCCAGAUAUUCAAUUCAAAGUACAAUGUCUUCAGCGACUCCUAUUUUUGUACCCUGAAUCUGAAGUUCUAACCAAAUAUCAAAGUAUCCAGUGCAAAUCUGUGCAAGAUAUGCUGAAGAAUAAUGUAUUGACCACCAUUGAUGAGAUCAGUUUUGACAAAGUGGCUCAUGGGUUUGAAAACAUGAUUCCUGUGAUGUGUACAAUGCUGAGACAAGAUAUGUAUGCUUUACGUACGCUUGUGGAGGAUUCUAAAGUAUUGAAAUUUAUUAAUAAUGCAUACUUGCAGAACAUUGCAGAUGAACUCAGUCUUAUUAUUGAAAAACUUUGUGAGCAACAGCUGAGGAAAAAUAUCCAAAAUUUGGAGAAGACAAGCAAAAACUUAAACAAACAAAAAGGAGCAGUACAGUCUGUGGUUCCACAAGGACAGGGAAAGAGUGGAAGGAGCUUGUGUCUUGCUGCCCAUCAGCUGAGGUGCCUUUCACGCUUGAUGAAAAUUCUCCUUCAUGUGGAAAAGCGAAUGAAGGAACUAGCUUCCGAAGUAUUUUUGGGAAGCAUUUCCCCACAGCAUGGCAGAAACGUUCGAGGAGUGCUUAAGAAGACCCUAGCAAACAUUGAUGGACCAUCAGAGAUGAACAAAGCUAACAUCCAAGCCGAUCAGUUACUACUUUUGACUGAGUCUAUUUCCCUUGAAUAUGGUUGGAGAAAUGCAUUUAAGAGCCUAGGAUAUUCUGCAGCUGUUUGCCUGAAAGUGGUCAUUGAAGAUACAUGUUCAAGAUGCCUGCAAGAAGAAAAAAAGCAAUAUAUGUCAAGUAAAAGCUUAGCAACAAGCACUUGCCCAAAGCAAGCUACAUGGGAUCAGUGGAUGGAGGAAGAGCAACCCAAAAAAGUUGCGAAGUUUUGUUCUGACAUCAUGGAAGAAUUUGACAUUUUGCUUCCAUUGGCCCUGGCAAGCAAUGAGAGUUUUCUUCAGGAAAUUAGAGAAACCUUUUUGGAUGGUUGUUCUAAAGUGGCGGCAGAUAUGCAGUCUCGACUUGAAGAAAGAAGUAAAGAGGUCCCUUCCAAGGUUCCAGUACAAAAUCUGUAUAUAAUCCUCUCUACAGCAAUAUUCAUCCAUAAUUACUUAACCAAAUAUGAGAAUUUACUGAAAGAGUCGAACACAAACAGGCUGUUGUCCUUGCCAAUUCAGCGAUAUCAAGAAUUCAUCAGAGUGAUUCAGUUUCAAGUUACAAAUUACUGCAUAAGAGUCUGUGCAACAAGCAUUUUCCAAGAUGCGCAGAGCCACCACUGGGAUGACUCUAAAUCUUUUUAUGAGGGAGAGCGAUGUUCUUUCUCCAUUCAAAUGUGGCACUACUACUGCUCUGCUCUACGUUAUGAUCUCUGGAGUGUAUUGCCCUCUAGAUUAGCCCAACAGCUUCUAGCUGAGGUAUUGAGUGAAUCCUUAACGAUUUUUGUUGGCAGAUACUCUCAGCCUUGUCCUACAUAUAACAGAACUUCACAGAUAAGAAUUGACAUUACUGCCAUACUUCUGUGCACUGAGAAUCUUCUAUGGUCAGUUUGUCGUUCGGCUCAAGAGCUACUUCAACCUUCAGAGGAUAAGUCUCGCUGGAUCCUUACCAUUCAUAACAAUUGCAAUGCACUACUUGCUGCUCUUGCUAUUUUAACAUCACCCCUGGAGAAACUAUAUGAAAUAUUCUGCAAUGGUUUCUCUGAGUAUAUAUCUGUACUGCAGUUGGAACCAGUGAACAAUGCAUUACCAGAAUGGUUACAUUGGAUUCAACCUUCCUAUUUUUCAAAUGCAUUACAUGGCUGUACAUCAUGGGAUAAAAUCGCAGUCGAUCAAUAUCUGAUAUUGUUGUUGUCACAACCCAACUGCAACUGGUACUUACUACUACAAAUACUUAUGAUUCAGGAAUGCCUGCUACCUCGAAUUCUGCUAAAUAAUGCAUCUAUUAACGAAGAGAACUUUAAUGAUGUUCAGACAAGGGAAAAAUGUCAUAAACAACCCAAAUUGAUAGAAGCAAUCGUGAUGGUGAUGAUUUACUGCAAAUCAUUGCCCAGAUGUCUCAGUGUUGUUCUUGAAGAUUUUAUGGACAAACGCCAGAUGUGGAAUCAGCUGAAUUACAUAUCAGAUAAGUCAGAGGUGCUAAAGUGUCUGAAACUCCACAUAUCCAAAGCAAACAAGACAACUCUAAAGCAACUGAUCUCCUUGCUUCUAAUGUGGCAAGCAUUAGAGAGUUAUGGGACAUGUCAUCAUAAGCAAAUGCUUCCUGAAAGUUUGCUGAAUAAAAUUCCUAAAGAGUGGGAUUAUUUGCCAAGGGAAUUAAAAAGAAGAGAAUCUGGAAAAAAUUUGACAAAACUUAUGGCUCAGGCUGUUUCUGUAGUAAUUGGUAACCUACCUGCAGCAAUUUCUUCAUUGCCUCCAACAAUUAAAUACUUCUUCAACUUAGCAGGAAAAAAACUUCAUAACAACAGUUCUGAGCUCAGAAGAUCAUGCCUUCUUUUUUAUGUGAUUAUUAUUUGCCAAACUCUAGAAGAUGCAAAAGCCAUAGAGCUCUUGACAAGUGUUACAAUAGAUAAAUGGAUUAAAGAUAAACUGAGUUUGUUGAGUGAAUGUCUUCAGAGCAUUAUGGGGCAUCAAAAGGAAAAUUCCAAACCUAUAAUACAGAAGGUUAUCAAUUCUCUGGAAAAACAGAAACCUAAAUGGAUUGAAGCCCAACUACAAAAAGCAAGAGAAAUGUGCACAGAACAUACAUAUCCCACAGCUGAAAGUUCCUCUGCAAAUGAGAAAAGCAGUUUUUCUGAAUUGACUGAGCGGAAAAUAAGCCUGAUGCUUCUGGAUAUCUGCCACCAGCCAGGUGGCAGUGAAUACUUGAGGCAAAUUUAUCACAUUAUCCAACUCAAUGAGGAUCAGUUAAAGGAGCAAAUUUAUUCUUGGCACUCUUCAGAUGAGAAGGGGUCCCUGCAGAAACCUCGGCAACUUAGAAUGCAGGAUGUUGAGCAGCCUUUGAUAUUUAAUCCUCUGCAUGCUUUUAACCAUAUCGGCACCAGAAAUUUUAACCAGUCAGCUAUAACUGAAUGGAACUGGGAUUGGCCAAAACUGCUGCAUUGUAAUCUAGAACUGAGUCAGUUGACCUUCAGGGCACUACUAGCAAACAGGAUUGGACAAUGUUCAGUACCAUUGCAAGUCCUCAGAAGCAGUUCAUGUUCAAUUGCAGCAAGGCCUGGACAAUGUCUGGGUUUAGGUGCAUGUGGCAAGUAAAAUUUGUGCUAUACAACUGCCAGUCAGUGAAUAUCUUGAUUAGAAGACCAUUUAACCAUCAACCCUUAACAAUCAAUUCCUGCUGAAUUCCCCCACUAUCAACAUCCUGGGUUCACCUUUGACCAGAAACUGAACUGAACUAGCUAUAUAAAUACUAUGGCUACAAGAGUAGAUCAGAGGCUAGGUAUCCUGCAGCAGUAACUUACCUCCUGACUUUUGAAAACCUAUCUAGCAUCUAGAGGGCAUAAUUCAGGAUUGUGAUGGAAUACUCCCCACUUGCCUGGAUGAAUACAGCUCCAGUAGUAUUUUUUUAAAAAUUGACAUUAUCUAGGAGAAAGCAGCUACUCACUGUCCUGACUAGGAAAUGUAUCACUGCUGCUUUUAUCAGGAAGGAGGUCACUUCCUCCCUCGUGAUAUCAUGAGUCUGACUGUACCAAAUGGACUGCAGCAAUUCAAGAAGGCAACUCACCACCACCUUCUCAAGGCCAACUAGGAUAGUGCAGUAAAUGCUAUCAGCCAGCGAUGACCACAUCCCAUGAAUAAUUUUUUUUUAAAAUGUUGCUCACCUCUAAGUUCUAACCAGAUGGCAACAAAAAUAUCUCAUUCUCCCUCCUUCAUGAAGAAAAGUCUUAAGGUGCUGAUGGACAAGGAUAUGGAGAUAGGGUUAACUGUUCUUCCCCACUUCAUUCGCUGCCUACUUGUAAUUUGAAAGCCUGCAAUAGUUCCAAGGAGGUUAAGCCUGUCUCAGCACUCUGGACCUUGUAGGUCCACAAGCACCAUGGGAUAAUCUCUCAAGUCUUCCAAGUCAACAAGGCCAACCACAAGAGACUACCUCUACAGCACUUUUGAAAUGUGGGGCAGCUCAUAGACACAGUAAGAAGUGGCUGGAAGAGCAGGUCAAAGACAAAUAUCUCACUUUCUGGCUUCCAAAGGCUGUCAACCAUCCUUCAGGUACAAGUGAGUAG